AACCCGCCCAGCAAAUAUAAGUAGUCGGUCGGGAGAACCUACGUGUAACGAGUGAAAGAAUUUUUGUGCAUUUUUUGAAGUGAUUGAAGGUGAAUAAAUUUUUGCAAAAAUAUUAACAUUUUAUAUAAAUGUAAUAGAAGUAGUUAAAAAAAGUAAAUAUACAAAUAACAAGCAACUAAGAUUUAACAAAUAAACUUGUAAUAAAUCACAAAGUGUGGAAAAUUGAAGUUUGAGUCAUCAAACAAAAGCGGCCAACAAAAUAUAAAAAAGAAGAACAAGAAGUAAAAAAAGAUAAAAAAAGGAUUGAUGAAUGGUAGAAAGAUAAAGGAAUUUUUUGUAUAAAUAAAGAAAAGUACACAUUUUUGGUUAAUUUAUUAAAAAUCUAUAAAUUUAAAAAUUGCUAAGAAUAUUAAAAUUUUGUAAAGCGGCUACUUGAAGCUAUGCACACUCACACACACAUGCACUUAACGAAGAUUUACGUGCCGCGACAUAAAAAAAAGAUAAAACAGACAUUUACAAAAAAAUAGAAGAAAAAAACAUUUUUGCAGCACUAGUUUUUGUUCGGCCUUGCUCAAUUUUUACAAAAAUACUCGUACUCCAAACUUGACUCACUCAGUCUUAAAAGUACAGAGUGGCAGUUCGGUCGCUAAAUUGGAUUUACGGAAUUUUGUUUUAAAUAUUUAUUAUUUUGUUUUAUAAGAAACAAUAAAUGAAAAACUUGUAAAUUUUUUUUUAAAUAUUAAAAAAAUUUUAGAUUAGACAACGAAUUUUUAAUAAAUUAUUUUUUUACAUUUAAACAUAGAAAAAAUUACGAAAUUAAAUAUAAAAUAAAUAAAAAGUGUUUAAUUGUUGUGUGUUAAAAUAAAGAGAGAGAGAGAAGAAUAAGAAAAAAAAAGAUUAUUUUCUACUAAAAAGUGUUUUAUUGCAAAAUAACAUUUGUGUGUUUAAUUAAUUAUUUAUCAUCUUAACUAUAUAAGAAAGAACUGAAAACUUAGAUAAAAAAAAUGGCUGAAGAAGUUGAUCGCAACGAUCCCGAAUUGAAGUAUCUUUCGGUGGAACGUAAUCAGUUCAAUGAUCCGGCAACUCAGGCUGAAUGGACACAAAAACGUUUAGUUUGGGUGCCCCAUGAAAAUCAGGGCUUUGUCGCUGCCAGUAUUAAACGUGAACAUGGCGAUGAAGUCGAAGUUGAACUUACCGAAACCGGUAAACGUGUUAUGGUUCUACGUGAUGAUAUACAAAAAAUGAACCCGCCUAAAUUCGACAAAGUCGAGGAUAUGGCCGAACUAACAUGUCUCAACGAGGCAUCCGUCUUGCACAAUAUCAAAGACAGAUAUUACUCGGGUUUGAUUUAUACAUAUUCCGGUCUUUUCUGCGUUGUUGUUAAUCCCUACAAAAAGUUACCAAUCUACACGGAAAAGAUUAUGGAACGGUAUAAGGGCAUAAAAAGACACGAAGUACCUCCCCAUGUCUUUGCUAUAACAGACACCGCCUAUAGAUCUAUGUUGCAAGAUCGAGAAGAUCAAUCAAUUCUGUGUACUGGUGAAUCUGGUGCUGGUAAAACUGAAAAUACUAAAAAAGUCAUACAGUAUUUAGCGUAUGUGGCUGCCUCAAAACCUAAAGGUUCUGGUGCGGGACCACAUCCGGCUUUAAUUAUUGGUGAAUUGGAGCAACAACUUUUGCAAGCCAAUCCAAUUUUAGAAGCCUUCGGUAAUGCCAAGACCGUGAAGAACGAUAACUCAUCACGUUUUGGUAAAUUUAUACGCAUCAAUUUUGAUGCUUCUGGUUAUAUUUCGGGUGCCAACAUUGAAACGUAUUUACUCGAAAAAUCUCGUGCCAUUCGUCAAGCUAAAGACGAAAGAACAUUCCAUAUUUUCUAUCAAUUACUCGCUGGCGCUACGCCUGAACAACGUGAAAAAUUCAUCUUAGAUGAUAUUAAAACAUAUCCAUUCCUUUCAAAUGGCAGUUUGCCAGUGCCCGGUGUCGAUGAUUUUGCCGAAUAUCAAGCUACCGUCAAAUCGAUGAACAUCAUGGGCAUGACAUCCGAUGACUUCAAUUCGAUAUUCCGCAUCGUGAGUGCAGUGCUGCUGUUUGGCUGUAUGAAAUUCCGUCAGGAACGCAACAACGAUCAGGCUACGUUGCCCGACAACACGGUGGCUCAAAAGAUUGCCCACCUUUUGGGUUUGAGCGUUACCGAUAUGACCAGAGCGUUCCUAACGCCUCGCAUUAAGGUGGGUCGUGACUUUGUUACCAAGGCCCAGACCAAAGAGCAGGUGGAAUUUGCUGUGGAAGCAAUUGCUAAGGCGUGCUACGAACGCAUGUUCAAAUGGUUAGUGAAUCGUAUUAAUCGUUCUUUGGAUCGUACUAAACGUCAGGGUGCCUCGUUUAUUGGUAUUCUCGAUAUGGCUGGUUUCGAAAUUUUCGAGUUGAACUCAUUCGAACAGCUUUGCAUCAAUUACACGAACGAGAAGUUGCAGCAACUUUUCAAUCACACCAUGUUCAUUUUGGAACAGGAGGAAUAUCAGAGAGAAGGUAUUGAGUGGAAAUUCAUUGAUUUCGGCUUGGAUCUGCAGCCGACGAUCGAUUUGAUCGAUAAACCAGGUGGUAUUAUGGCUCUUUUGGAUGAGGAGUGUUGGUUCCCCAAGGCCACCGACAAGACGUUCGUCGAGAAAUUGGUGUCAGCACAUUCAAUGCAUCCGAAAUUCAUGAAAACAGAUUUCCGUGGUGUAGCCGACUUUGCUAUUGUACACUACGCCGGCAAGGUGGAUUAUUCUGCUGCCAAGUGGUUGAUGAAGAAUAUGGAUCCGCUAAAUGAAAACAUUGUUUCUCUGCUACAGAACUCGCAAGAUCCAUUUGUGGUCAACAUUUGGAAGGAUGCCGAAAUUGUUGGCAUGGCUCAUCAAGCUCUUACCGAUACCCAGUUCGGAGCUCGUACCCGCAAGGGUAUGUUCCGUACGGUAUCACAUUUGUACAAGGAGCAAUUGGCUAAACUUAUGGACACUUUGCGCAACACCAAUCCAAACUUUGUGCGUUGUAUCAUACCGAAUCAUGAGAAACGUGCUGGCAAAAUUGAUGCCCCUCUGGUCCUCGACCAGUUGCGUUGCAAUGGUGUGCUCGAAGGUAUUCGUAUUUGUCGCCAGGGCUUCCCCAAUCGUAUUCCAUUCCAAGAGUUCCGUCAACGUUACGAAUUGCUUACACCCAACGUCAUACCGAAGGGCUUCAUGGAUGGCAAGAAGGCUUGCGAGAAAAUGAUUGCAGCUCUGGAACUCGACUCGAAUCUGUUCCGUGUCGGUCAGUCGAAGAUCUUCUUCCGCGCUGGUGUUUUAGCUCAUCUCGAAGAAGAGCGUGAUUAUAAGAUAACCGAUCUUAUUGUUAAUUUCCAAGCAUUCUGCCGUGGUUUCUUGGCCAGACGUAACUAUCAAAAGCGCUUGCAACAAUUGAAUGCCAUACGUAUUAUUCAGCGUAAUUGUGCUGCCUAUUUGAAGUUACGGAAUUGGCAGUGGUGGCGUUUGUACACAAAAGUCAAACCUCUGCUCGAGGUUACGAAGCAAGAAGAGAAACUCGUUCAAAAGGAAGAUGAGCUUAAGCAAGUGCGCGAAAAACUUGACACACUCGCAAAGAGUACCCAAGAGUUUGAGCGCAAGUACCAACAGGCGUUGGAGGAGAAGACCUCAUUGGCCGAACAGUUGCAAGCUGAAAUAGAACUUUGUGCUGAAGCGGAAGAGUCGCGUUCCAGACUGAUGGCUCGCAAACAGGAAUUGGAAGAUAUGAUGCAAGAAUUAGAGACACGUGUCGAAGAAGAGGAAGAACGCGUAUUGUCUUUGGGUGUAGAAAAGAAGAAACUUGAAUUGAAUAUACAAGAUCUCGAGGAACAAUUGGAAGAGGAGGAAGCGGCUCGGCAAAAAUUGCAAUUGGAAAAGGUGCAACUUGAUGGCAAAAUUAAGAAAUACGAAGAAGAACUCGCCCUCACCGAAGAUCAAAAUCAGAAAAUGGUAAAGGAGAAGAAAUUGCUGGAGGAACGCGCAAAUGAUCUUUCACAAACCUUGGCCGAAGAGGAAGAAAAAGCCAAACACUUGGCUAAAUUAAAGGCAAAACACGAAUCCACCAUAGCCGAAUUAGAAGAGAGACUCCAUAAAGACCAGCAGCAAAGGCAAGAGUCUGACCGUACCAAACGUAAAAUCGAAACAGAGAUGGCAGAUCUUAAGGAGCAACUUAACGAACGCCGUACCCAAGUAGACGAACUCCAGGUACAAUUGUUGAAACGUGAAGAAGAACUUACUCAAACCCUAAUGCGAAUUGAUGAAGAAUCAGCAUCCAAAGCAGCAGCUCAAAAAGCUCAACGAGAAAUAGAAUCGCAAUUGGCCGAGUUACAAGAAGAUUUGGAAGCCGAAAAGGCAGCCAGAGCUAAAGCUGAGAAAAUACGUCGCGAUUUAGGUGAAGAAUUGGAAGCUCUUAAAAAUGAGCUUUUGGAUUCCCUAGACACAACCGCAGCCCAACAAGAAUUGCGUUCUAAACGUGAACAGGAAUUGGCUUCCCUCAAAAAAUCUCUGGAGGAAGAGACUGUCAAUCAUGAAUCAUCGGUAGCUGAGAUGAGACAUAAACAUGUCCAAGAAUUAAAUGGUAUCAAUGAACAACUGGAGAAUCUUCGCAAGGCUAAAGCUGUGCUGGAGAAGGCCAAGGGUACUUUGGAAGCCGAAAAUGCCGAUUUGGCUACCGAAUUGCGUAGUGUCAACAGUUCCCGCCAAGAAAACGAUCGUCGUCGUAAACAAGCCGAAUCUCAAAUUGCUGAAUUACAGGUGAAAUUGGCUGAAGUGGAGCGUGCUCGCUCAGAAUUGCAAGAGAAAUGCACAAAACUUCAACAGGAAGCCGAAUACAUAACGAAUCAACUGGAAGAAGCUGAAUUGAAAGCAUCUGCCGCAGUCAAAUCAGCCAGCAAUAUGGAAUCCCAACUUGCCGAAACUCAACAAUUACUCGAAGAAGAAACCCGCCAGAAAUUAUCACUAAGUUCGAAGUUGCGUCAACUUGAGUCUGAGAAAGAAGCGCUGCAGGAACAGCUCGAAGAAGAUGAAGAAACAAAAAAGAACUACGAACGCAAGUUGACCGAGCUCUCGGCCACCAUGCAAGACAUCAAGAAGAAGGCCGAAGAAGAUGCCGAUAUGGUUAAGGAGUUGGAAGAGGGCAAGAAACGGUUGAACAAGAGCAUUGAGGAUUUGGAGAGACAAGUCAAGGAAUUGCAGGCUCAAAAUGAUCGUUUGGACAAGAGUAAAAAGAAGAUCCAGUCCGAAUUGGAAGAUGCCACUAUUGAAUUGGAAGCACAACGCACAAAGGUGCUUGAAUUGGAGAAGAAACAAAAGAACUUCGAUAAGAUAUUGGCCGAAGAGAAAUCGAUUUCAGAACAAUAUGCCCAAGAACGUGAUACGGCCGAGCGUGAAGCCCGCGAAAAGGAGACAAAGGUGCUUUCAUUGAGCCGUGAAUUGGACGAGGCCUAUGACAAAAUCGAAGAUAUGGAAGCCAAACGUAAGGCUUUGCAAAAUGAAUUGGACGAUCUGGCCAAUACACAAGGUACAGCUGACAAAAAUGUGCACGAAUUGGAGAAGGCUAAACGAGCCUUGGAAUCCCAAUUGGCCGAGCUAAAAGCACAAAAUGAAGAAUUGGAAGAUGAUCUCCAGUUGACCGAAGAUGCCAAAUUGCGGUUAGAAGUUAAUAUGCAAGCAUUGCGUUCGCAGUUCGAACGUGAUCUACAAGCCAAGGAAGAACAAGCUGAAGAGAAACGCCGUGGCCUGGUCAAACAGCUGCGCGACCUGGAAGCUGAGUUAGAUGAAGAACGCAAACAACGUACAGCCGCAGUAGCUGCCAAAAAGAAACUUGAAGGUGAUCUUAAAGAACUGGAAACCACAAUGGAAAUGCACAAUAAAGUGAAAGAAGACGCCCUCAAGCAUGCCAAGAAGUUACAAGUACAGGUUAAGGAUGCCCUACGCGAAGCCGAAGAAGCCAAGGCUGCCAAGGAGGAAUUACAAGCUCUUAGCAAAGAGGCCGAACGCAAAGUGAAAGCCCUUGAAGCUGAAGUAAUGCAACUCACAGAAGAUCUGGCCAGUUCGGAGAGAGCGCGUCGUGCCGCCGAAACAGAACGUGAUGAGUUGGCCGAAGAAAUGGCUGCCAACGCCAGCAAGGGAACACUUAUGAUCGACGAGAAGCGUCGUUUGGAAGCCCGCAUUGCCUCAUUGGAAGAAGAACUCGAAGAGGAACAAUCCAACUCCGAAAUACUACUCGAUCGUAGUCGCAAGGCCCAAUUGUCGAACGAACAGUUGUCAACGGAAUUGGCUACAGAAAAAUCAAAUGCGCAAAAGAACGAAAACACAAGAGCCCUUUUGGAACGCCAAAACAAGGAACUGAAAGCUAAACUGGCCGAAAUCGAAACAGCGCAAAGAACCAAAAUCAAGGCCACAAUUGCCGCACUCGAAGCCAAGAUUGCCAAUUUGGAAGAACAACUCGACAACGAGGGUAAAGAACGUCUCCUGCAGCAGAAAGCCAACCGCAAGAUGGAAAAGAAAGUCAAGGAAUUGGGCUUAAACAUUGAAGAUGAGCGCCGACAUGCCGAUCAAUACAAAGAGCAAAUAGAUAAACUUAAUAGUCGCAUGAAAUUACUUAAACGUAAUCUGGACGAAACAGAGGAAGAGCUACAAAAGGAAAAGACCCAAAAACGCAAAUACCAACGUGAAUGCGAAGAUAUGAUCGAAAGCCAAGAAUCCAUGAAUCGAGAAAUUAAUUCCCUUAAAACAAAAUUAAGACGCACCGGCGGCAUGGGUCUAAGUUCGAGCCGUCUUACCGGUACACCAUCCUCAAAACGGGGGGGUGAUGACAGUUCUUCAGUACAGGAUGAAUCAUUAGAUGGCGAUGAUUCUGGAAAUUAAAUUCUAAAAUCUUAAAAUUUUUAUUAUUUUUUUUUUCAAAUUAAGUGAAAAAAACGUUUUUUACAUUAAUUUCUGUUAAUUUUUUUUUUAUAAAAUUUACUUAUUUUUUACAACAACAAAAACACAGAUGAAAGGAAAACACAACAAUUAAAUUAAAAACAAACAAAAUGUUCUUUGUAAAAAACAAACAAAAAAUAAUAAUAAUGAGAAACGCGAAGAAAAAAAAAACGAAAAGAAAACAAACAAAAAAAAAAUAAUAAAUUAAAUGAUCUAUUGUUUCUUACUACUACAACUAGAAAUUCUUCCUUUGCUCCAAUUUACCAACACCCUAAACUCCAUUCCCCCAACCAAACAAACCCUUAUUAUCCCUUACUACCCCUUACAUACCUACAAAAAUAUUAAUUAUUAUUAACUACUUAAAAUUAAUAAUAUUAAAAUUAUAAAAAAUAAAAUUUUUAUAAAAAAACAUUAUAUAAAAAAAAUCAAAUAAAAAAGUAUUGGAAAAAUGCAUUUAUACAUAAAAAAAAAUUAAAAUGAUUUUCAUGUGACACGUUUACUUUGUCUAAAUUCUUUUCUUAUUAAACUAUUCGAAGUUAUUCGAAUGUUACUAAUGAGCAUGUUGUAAAUAAGUGAGAUUUAUAAUUGGAAACAUACAGUCAUUGGCUUUUAUUUUGUUUAAUUUAAUAACAUAAUUAAAAAUUCAAAUCACCUCAACAAAUUACAAAAAAGAAAAAACAAAUGUUGUUUUGUAUUGUAUUAAAUAAUGCAAAUUAUUUAAAUGACAAUUUCAAAUCAUGCUCCUUCUUUGUCAUCUUCUUUCUUACUCUCUCUCUCUCCCCUAAAUUAUCUAUCUAUCUUUCCUCACUCUUCUUUAAUUAUAUACAUACAUAUAAAUAUAUUUUUUAAUUAUUAUUUAAUUAUACAUACAAUUCUUUUUAAAUGCAAAAACAUAAUUUUUAUUUUUAUUUUUUUUUUUAACAAUUUCAGUUUAUGUUUAUUUUAAAAUAAAACUAAUUAUUCUUAUAAUUUUUAA